UGGCCACCACCUCCUCCCGACUCACCACCACCCAGUACUCCUUCCUCUCCUCCACGCCAUGCUCGCCCGCCACCAUGGCGGCGCUCCCGCGGCGGCGGAGACCCGGCGCGCGGUACCCACGCAUCCAGGCCAUCGAGUUCGACCAGAACACGGUCGUGGCCAUAACUGUCGGCGUCGUCAGCGUCGCCGCCGGGAUAGGCAUCCCGAUUUUCUACGAGAAUCAAAUUGAUAAUUCCGCGAAGAGAGACAACAACCAGCCGUGCUUCCCCUGCAGCGGCUCCGGCGCGCGUUUUGCACCGGAGCAGGGACUGUUACUGUAGUAAUUGGCAAUGGUGAAUCUGAAGUAUCAAAGUGUGUCAACUGCGAUGGCAUUGGCUCAUUGACAUGUACCACAUGCCAAGGUAGUGGCAUUCAGCCACGCUAUCUUGAUCGCAGGGAGUUCAAGGAUGAUGAUGACUGAAGAUUUUUUCGUUACGAGCUAACGACGGUAAGGUGAGGAAUCUGAUCUAAGGAUGAUGCUGAAUACUUGGUGACGAUGUGUCCAUCAGGAAUGAUAUGAUUGUUUUGUGUUGUAUUAUAUUCCUCUCCCUUUUUGGUAAAUAUGUAUGGAUGUACAUGCACACUCUUUUGAUGUCUGAAAAUGACUGUCCCUCAGUGGGCAAAGAUGAUAUUUUCUUGUUGAACAUUUUCAAUAUAUGUCACAUAGCGUGUUCUUUCCAAUGUACUAGAAGAUAGAAGAUGACUCUGCAUUGCGUUGGUGCUUAUAUUGUGGAGCAGCCAAGUUAUAUGCCACAAUCUUUAGGAUGUCAACUUUUCAGCCAAUUGGUUAGUGGAUGUAACACAAUAGUGGAAACCAAAUUGAGGGCUUCUGAGCACAGUGAGGGCAGUGUUGACCUAAGACCACAGGUCAUCCCUUGUAAAACUUACGUGUACAUGAAUAUGUCGCAACGUGGACGAGCUCCCUGGGGUUGCUGAGGCAGUGUUGGGUACGCACUUCUUUGGUUUUUUCUAUGAAAUCGAGAAGGUGUUGGUUCGUGAUCCAGAAAGAGAGAAAAGAGAAGUGCAGAUGGAGGCGGAUGUUAACAAAUCCCCUUUUGUGAGAACAUCCACAUGGGGCAAGCAUGACCCUAAGUCUGGACACAAAGGAAAAAAUGAUGGAUACAGUAAAAAUGGUGGUGAUGGGGACGAGAACCCUGUCGAUGAGAAAGAAGGAGAAAGCAUGGAAUCUGAGGAAUCAGAAGAUAACACACUGUUAAUUGAAACCAUGGCUGUGGAGGCAUAUAACAAAGAAAAAGCGCAGGCCUCUCAGGCAAUGCUAGGUGUUGAUGACACCAAGCAUAAUGUUGAUGAGAUUCAGGUGGUGGAACUUGAGGGAGAGGACCUUUCCAAGUUGGAGAAAUCAGAUUAUCUGGUACAGUUUCCUGCCUCCCCUUCUGAGGAUGUGGGAGAGGUGAUUCCUACCCCUCCCCUUUUAUCUGAAGAGGUUCAGAGGUUUAGCUUGAGGAACUUGCAGAAUAUGGAGGGAAGAAUGCAAGAGAGAGCUGUUGCCAUUUCCAAGAAGAGAAAUUUUGAAGGAAUGAUGAAGCAGGAUGACACGACUGCCAUGAGGGACGGCGCGAAGAUGUUGAAGGAAAAUGCGUCGAUGAUGAUGAGGAUUUGUGCUGCGAACCGUGAAGAGGCGACCUGUUGAUUCUGCUGGAGAUGUGUCCCUGUGGUUUAGCUUGAUAUUUGAGCUGCUCUCCCUUGUGUGGGACUGAACUUAUUCUGCUCGACUGUUGCGAGCUUGUGUUUUGUGCUCUUUUGGGGCUGUUUGGUCCUGGUCCCUAGCUGCAGAGAUAUGGUGUCGUCAGGUUUUCGCCCCACAGUGAGUAAUCUCGAUGGCGAGUGCUCACAGUGGGUUUCCCGGCGAUGCGUUGAACUCGCUUCCCCUUUUCUCCUUCUUUGGACUGUUGUAUUUCCGUUAUGUUGCAGUAAUGGAAAGGGGUAAUGCCCAGUUCAAAAAAAUAUUCUUUGCACAAA